AUGCGUUUUGCUCCUCUCAUCAUCUGCCUGGCAGCAAUAUCGCUUGCUGCCCCAACACACUUCCUUGACGAUGCAUACGACUGGUCCGAUGAACUGGCAGAAUUCUAUGGAAAAGUGAGCCGGUACAUCAACACCGCAAGGCACAACAUUAGAGUACCGGGGGCUUGCGAAGCCUCUAAGAUUGCUCUGCCCUCCUAUGCUUCGGGAAUGACCAGCCCGUCAGGUCUAAAACCCAGAUACGUUGCACUUGGACGGGGCACCCAGAACUAUACAUGUGCGGACUCUACUUCUAAAUCCACACCUGUGGCGGUGGGCGCUGUCGCAAGACUCUACAAUGCCACAUGCAUUGCAGCCAACUACCCCGAUCUCUUGGCAAAACUUCCCGACUUUGCCUACAGGAUCCCCCUACCAACCAACGAAUAUGCCUCAUUCCCUCCAGCCAACCUUGUAUUGAUGGGCCACCACUUCUUCACCGAUGCAAUCCCCGAGUUCAACUUGAACACUACACCCCAAAAGCAGAAUGGAAUUGUCAUGACGAAGAAGGGAGGUGCAAUUGACGCACCUCCAGGUGCAGUGUCAGGGCAGUACGGUGCUGUGCCUUGGCUCUACCUCACUUCUACUGAUGGCACGGUGGGCAACUACAAGAGCGUCUAUCGAGUCAAUACUGCCGCUGGGUCGCCACCAAAGACCUGCGAGGGUAUGCCACCCGCAUUUCAAAUGCAAUACGCUGCAAAUUACUACUUCUUUGGGGAAUAG